GUAGUGCUACCUCUAGUGGAGAGAUCCAUUAAUACCGUUUAGAUCUUGCACAAGUGUAUAAUUCAUUGACGUUACUUAUUUGAUAUAUGUAUAGUAACGUGUUGCUCAUCAACUCUAAUGCUAUUUAUACCCCCCGAGUUCAUCUUACACACAGGUAUACAAUUAAUUACCUGAAGAGGUAGUACAUGUCGAAAUGUCGAAAAUGGCGAUACCUAUGAUGUGUAGGUAACUGCGAGAAACAGAAAUCAUGGGGCCUGUGUCUCGGGUAGGUCCGAAGAAGCUGUGGAGUUGCAAGGUAUCUCCGCGCUGACGUAGUUGGCGCUGAAACCUUCCCGAUCUCACAUCCUGAUGCCUAUUUGAUGCCUAUUGUAAAGUCAGGUGGUGUAAAGUGUAUAGCUUGACAUGAUCUUGAAGUCACCAAUGCAUAUGGUCAAAGCCGACAAGAACCAUGGCCUUCAUUUCGAACAUCAAGCGAUUCCAUCGCAACAAUGUCGCAACUGUACGUAACUCACCACUUGCUGAGAUAUCAGGCGCGCUCGGCGAUCUAGGUACCCUUCUGCCUCUCAUGAUCACCCUCGCGGUCAACGGCUCAAUCUCGCUAUCUACAACGCUUGUGUUUUCCGGCUUCUUCAACAUCGUGACCGGUGUCGUAUUCGGUAUUCCCCUACCGGUACAGCCUAUGAAGGCUAUCGCAGCGGCAGCCAUAGCCUCUCGCGCCUCGGAACGCGAAACCGUAGCAGCAGGCAGCGUGGUAGCUAUUGUCGUGUUGCUCCUGAGCAUUACAGGUCUAUUGCACUGGGUCACGCGCAUAAUACCGAUUCCCGUAGUAAAAGGAAUACAGUUCGGUGCCGGUCUCUCCCUCGUCAUCUCCGCGGGUACCUCUUUGCUUCAGCCCUUCAUCCAUAAAUGGACUCUCGCUCUCGACAACCUCGUCUGGUCCUUAGCCGCCUUCUUGCUGCUCAUAUUGACCCAGAGAGCAUCUCGGUUUCCGUACGCUCUAAUUAUAUUCGUUGCCGGCCUAACCCUUGCCAUAAUAUUUGUUGCCACGAGCUCCCACCACCUACCGCAUUUCCAUGUCUGGCACCCCUGGUUUGCACUUCCGCGGUGGAGUGCUGAUGCUAUCGGCAUGGGCAUCGCGCAGCUGCCAUUGACGACGUUAAAUUCGAUCAUUGCCGCGAGUGCCCUCGCAACGGAUCUGCUACCUAAUCUACCGGCACCCAGCGUCACUGCCCUCGGCAUCAGCGUCGCCAGUAUGAACCUCUUGGGAUGCUGGUUUGGUGCUAUGCCUGUCUGUCAUGGGGCUGGGGGCCUUGCGGCACAGUACAGAUUUGGUGCGCGGAGCGGUGCAAGCAUCAUCUUACUGGGCCUAUUUAAGAUGAUACUCGGUAUUGUCUUCGGCGAGACGUUGCUGGAUCUUCUAGAGGGAUUUCCGAAGAGUCUUCUGGGUAUUAUGGUCGUUGCUGCUGGUCUGGAACUGGCAAAGGUAGGCCAGAGCCUAAACCACGGCGCCUCGGAUCUAUGGGAGUCGUCAGUAGAUCAGGAUCAACGGAGGAGGCAUAAAGACAUCUCAGACCAAGAAAGGCUAGAGAGGUGGACUGUCAUGCUCAUGACUACGGCAGGUAUCUUGGCUUUCAAGAACGACGCCGUUGGCUUUACAGCUGGGAUGCUCUGCCACUGGGCCUACAAGUUUGCGGAUUGGAUAGAGAAAAGAAGCAAUCACCGGUCAGGCGAAAGACGAUCACUCUUACACGCUUGAGGAAUAUGUACGACUUUGAUCAUCGAGAAUGCAAUAGCUUGUUUACCAAAUAUAUGACUUAAGGCCGCUAUACGGCUUAUGGCGUGAAGGCUCCUUUUUUCGAGGCACCGUGAUGUAAUACAAAGGAAUCAUGGAUAUCUCAGUAAAUAACUAUCAUAAAUGUUAAUGUUACUUCGAAUAUACCUAUCAAAGUUACUACGAGCAUACAAUGCGAAUAUAGACUUAGUCUUGCGA